AUGGGUAACGCUGAAAUAUCAGCAAACAACCCGAGCCACACGCAGAGUGAUCACACCAAAAAUCAUCACAGGGCCCUCAAAAAGUCCUUUACCUUCCUCGCUUUGCUUACUUACGAGGGUGCAAGCAAAUCACAAUCGCCACCCGUUGCUCGUUCACUUCCAUCUCGUGCGGUAGCUAUCCAAAAAUAUCCCAAACAGUACACACGCCGACGGAUCAGCAGAUUCGGGCGGCUUGAACACAGGAAUAUGCUUUCCUUGCGGGAAUGCUACCUUGACGGCAAUGUUUUUUUUUCUAUGAUAGAUGAUCUGCCCUUGACUCUCGGCCACGUUCGUUUCUUGUCCAACAAUACAUCCGCCGAGUCUGAGCUAGGCUGCGUCAUGGUCUUGUAG